AGCCAAUUAAAAAUGUUGGCGUAACAUCUUCGCGGAGCCACCAUUGCUGCUGCAGCGCGCGCGCACGCACGACCGUGGGCCUCUUUAAAGCAGCGGAGGAGCUCAGGCUGCACAUCGACGAGCUCCAUGUGUUCAACAUCGUGACAUCUUCCAAGCAAGGAGGAGAAGAAGAAGAAGAGGAGGAGGAGAAGGAGGAAGAGAGGAAAGGAGGCAUGCAUGCACUUCCCCAGCACGCAGCAGGAGGCUUUUGACGCCUAGCGGCUCGUCCUGGGUGGCCGACCGGAUCAUCAUCCGGCCGGAGCAGGAUCAAGGAGAAGCCGCGCUCAUAUCGCCGACUCGUCGCCCACCUCCCGCCCGCCGCAUGUCGAGUGAUGGUCGGCUUGGCUGGCCGGACGCCCCCCCGCUGCCCCCGGAUCCCCGCGUGGUGAGCGCAGACCCCCACUCCCGGCGGAAAGAAGCCUCGACCCGGCUCUAGGGCUCCAUAUGGAAACGGAGGACCAGAAUUUUAGGAAAAAGGCCAAUCGUUUGAUUGAAAUUAGAUUUUUGUUUUCUUCCUGAUUAUUUUUGCCCUAUGCAAUGAAUGCAUUUUUUACGUUGAAUUCGGGCCUGAGAGGACUUGAGAGGAAAAGAGGAAACGAAUCAAGCGUUUUUUUCCUUAUGCAAUGAAUGCAUUUUUGCUUCGAUUGGCCUGCUUUAUACGUCGCGAGGGCUUGACAGGUGCAGCAUUUCAACGGUGAUUUAUUGGCCGGCUUUGACGUGCGUGUAAACGGACAAACAGGUUGGCUGCACAAGCUCAGUCUGCGCUGCUUCUUUUUUUAUUCUUAUUUUGGAAAAGGCCGAUAAAGAGGAGAGAGAGAGAGAGGAUUUCCAUCUUUUCCCCAUCCUGCUCGUCGGUUUUUUUCUCUGCUGGCUGGUCCUCAUCCAAACGCAACCAUAAGGCUCCUGGCGCCUCAUCGUCGUCCUCUUCCUCCUCCUCUUCGUCCUCGUCCCUCGUCCCUGUCCUCCUCGUUUUCCGCCUGGCUGAAGUCCCGCACGCCGUCAAAUAUUUACUUCUUGUACAUCAAGCGGAAAGGGGGUCCCCCUUUCAUGGAAUGCGGAAACAUGGGCCUGUUCGACCGCGGAGUGCAGAUGCUGCUGACCACGGUGGGCGCCUUCGCGGCCUUCAGCCUCAUGACCAUUGCGGUGGGCACCGACUACUGGCUCUACUCGCGAGGGGUCUGCAGGAGCAAAAGCGGCAACGACAACGAAACCAGCAAGAAGAACGAGGAGGUCAUGACGCACUCGGGGCUCUGGAGGACCUGCUGCCUGGAAGGAAACUUCAAGGGCAUGUGCAAACAGAUCGAUCACUUCCCCGAGGACACGGAUUACGAGGCCGACCCGUCCGAGUACUUCCUGCGUGCAGUGAGAGCGUCUAGCAUCUUCCCCAUCCUCAGCGUCAUCCUGCUCUUUAUGGGAGGUCUGUGCAUAGCUGCCAGUGAGUUCUACAAGUCCAGACACAACAUCAUCCUCAGCGCGGGGAUCUUCUUUGUGUCUGCAGGCCUGAGCAACAUCAUCGGAAUCAUCGUGUACAUAUCAGCCAACGCGGGCGACCCGUCCAAGAGCGACUCCAAAAAGAAUUCGUACUCAUACGGCUGGUCCUUCUACUUUGGGGCGUUGUCCUUCAUCAUGGCGGAGAUGGUGGGCGUCCUGGCCGUGCACAUGUUCAUCGACCGCCACCGGCAGCUCCGGAUCGGGACACGCGGCACCGACUACCUCCAGGGCUCGGCGGUGUCCCGGGUCCCAAGCUACCGCUACCGCUACCGGCGCCGCUCACGUUCCUCAUCGCGCUCCACGGACCCGGCGCAUUCGCGCGAUGCCUCCCCGUUGGGCCUCAAGGCCUUCGGAGCGCUGCCCUCCACCGAGAUCUCCAUGUACACGCUGCCGCGCGACACCCUCAAGUCUGGAGGGGCACCGUCCGCUAACGCCGCUUACAACUCGGAGCGGGACCACAACUUCCUGCAGGUGCACAACUGCAUCCAGAAGGACGCCAAAGACUCAGCGCACGGGAACGCGGCUGCCAACCGGCGCACCACCCCCGUAUGAGGGGGCGCCGCCCCGCCCCGCUUAUAGGACACGUAAUGUUUUCUGCAUGACUACUCCGGAAGCUUCCAGAAGCUCGGAAGAGGUCAGAGCCACCCAGACAAACGCCUCCUUUAUUU